AAGAUGCGCACAUGACUAAUAACAUUGCUUUCAUGUGUCAAAACAAAGUUUUGGGUUUUUUUUCUAUUUAUAAAAGAAAUUAAUGUUUUUAAAUAAUUUAAUUGAAAAAUAUGUAAAUUUUAUUUUAUAUUUUGUAUAAGUGUUGACUAAAUUGAAGAUAAAAUUAUUAUGUUAAAUUAAAAACAUUGGUGACCGGUUGAAUUGUUAAUUCCUGUCAGUUCUUACGUUAUAAACAUAAAUUUUGAUAAAAUUAUAAAUACACAAAAAAUGAGACUACUUUUUCGCCGACCAGAUGGAUGUGAGAUGCAAUUUCAUUUGGCUAAAUUGUCUGAUUUCGAUUUAAAGAAGUUCACAAAUUUGAUUGUAGUUAAUGGAGGAAAAAUUAUAGAGAAUGCUGCACCGAAUGUUCUCACAUUUACAAAUCCAGUUCCUAAUUCUAAUUAUGGAUAUGUAUUUGAUGUAAAAUUUAUCGAAGAUUGCAUAAAAUAUAGAACAAUUUUAGAUGUUGAUAAGUACUAUGUUGGAGAUUCACGCUUCUAUAGAGGUUGUCCAAUGAGCAAAUCCAUUAUGCAAUCAAAGUCGUGUCUAUUAAAUCAAUUAGCACUGUAUCCUAGUAAUGAGGAAAUUUUUGUAACAACCUAUGAACAGAUUUGUAUUGAGGAUUCUCAAUUCAUGGAAAUGGAAGAGACAAAUAUUUCACCUUCUACUUCAUUAGUAACCAAAAAUCAGUUAUCAAAAAAGACUAUAAGAAACAAUGAAAACGAUAUGAAUACCAAUCUAGAAAUGAAUCAGGAUGAAAGUAAAAUUUUAAGAAAUAUCGAUGAAAAUUUAAUUGAAAAUUCAGAAACAAGUGAAAGAGAAAAUAAUAAAGAUGAUAUAUUAAAUAAAAAUUUAGAAACUUCACAACUUGAAAAUGAAAGCAUACGAAAUAAUGAAGAGGAUUUAAAUGAAAAUUUAGAAACAAAUCAAUCGAAAAAUGAAACUAUGAGAAAUAGUAAGGACAAUUUGAAUGAAAUUGUUAAUACAAAUCACAUUGAAAAUGAAACAAAGAUGAAUAUUGAAAGUGAUUGGAGUGGAAAUUUUGAAUCAAUUCCAAAGAAAAAUGAUGAAAGUUUUGAAAUGGAGAAUAGAGAAAAUAAAAGAAUAGAUAAUAAUGAGCAAAAUGCAAAAGAUAAUUCAUUAACGAAUCCGAAGGAAAGUGAAUCAUUGACAUCAUCUGAUUCAUCGAUCAAUCAAGAAAAUGAUGAUGGUGAAAUUAAAUUCAUUAAAAAUAAGCCUGUAUUAACGAGAACAAGAUUAGAUCGCAUUUUUGAUGUACCUGAUUUAGAGAAUUUUAUAGAAAAUUUAACUAAAGAUAUGCGAAAAGACGCUGACGGAUAUCCAAUAACAAAUACUCGUUUUUUAAGUCGAAGAGAAUUGGAGAAUCUAAUUUCUAUAAUUAUUAAAACCAAUGCUUAUCAGUAUAUAAAUACUAAAGCGUAUUGGAGAUAUGUAAUGGAUCUGAAAUUAGUGGGUCAGAAGAGACAUUAUAAUUCAAUAAGGUGUCAUAUGUCUGGAAAAGUUCUAAAAAAAAUUGAAGAAUAUCAAAUGGAUGAUAAAGUAAAGAAUAAAUUUAUUAAAAUUCGAGAAAAAUUAAGGAAGGCAUCAGAAAUAAGGCGACAAUAUAAAAUGAAAAAAUAUAAAAAUUGUGAUCAUUUAAAAAAGUAAUUUGCAAGGUAUAUUUAAUAUAUUAAAAAAGUUAUUAAUAAUAAUAAUAAUAAAAUUAUAUAUUUAUUUCUACUUAAUUUUGUGUUAAUUUGUAAUUAGGAUUUUGUAUUAUUAUCAAAAUAAAAAAUAUAAGAAAGCA